AGUAGCAGCAGCAAGCAUAUACAGGCAUUUUAUGGGGCAAAAAGUUGUUACAAGUGGGGCGAAUGCAAAAAAGCUUCAAGCCACAAACACACACUUGUUCAGCCUCAGAGUGUCUGCUCUAAAGAAGGGCUUUAUGAGUGUAGCAAAUGUGAGAAAGCCUUCACCUGCAAGAAUACACUUGUUCAGCACCAGCAAAUUCACACUGGACCAAAGACAUUUGAGUGUAAUGAAUGUGGGGAAUCCUUUAGCAAAAAGUGCCACCUAAACUUACCUAAGAUAGUUCACACUGGAGAAGGGCCUGAUGAAUGCAGUGAUCAUGGAAAAGGCUUUAUCCAUAAAUCUGAAUUCAUUCACCACCAGAGACGUCACACCAGAGGAGUGCGUUAUGAGUGUGGCGAAUGUAGGAAAACAUUUAGCUACAAAUCUAACCUCAUUGAACACCAGAGAGUUCACACUGGAGAACGACCUUAUGAAUGUGGCGAGUGCGGGAAAUCCUUUAGACAAAGCUCUAGCCUUUUCCGACACCAGAGAGUUCACUCUGGAGAAAGGCCUUAUCAGUGCUGUGAAUGUGGGAAAUCCUUUAGGCAAAUAUUCAAUCUCAUUCGACACAGAAGAGUUCACACUGGAGAAAUGCCUUAUCGGUGCAGUGAUUGUGGGAAAGCUUUUAGCUGCAAAUCAGAACUCAUUCAACACCAGAGAAUUCACAGUGGAGAAAGACCUUAUGAGUGCGGCGAAUGUGGGAAAUCGUUUAGGCAAUUCUCUAACCUUAUUCGACACCGCAGCAUUCACACUGGUGAUAGGCCUUAUGAGUGCAGUGAAUGUGAGAAGUCAUUCAGCCGCAAAUUUAUUCUGAUUCAACACCAAAGAGUUCACACUGGAGAAAAGCCUUAUGAAUGCAAUGAAUGUGGAAAAUCUUUUACCCGCAAAUCUGACCUCAUUCAACACAGGAGAAUUCAUACUGGCACAAGACCUUAUGAGUGCAGUGAAUGUGGCAAAUCUUUCAGACAGCGCUCUGGCCUCAUUCAGCACCGAAGACUUCAUACUGGUGAAAGGCCUUAUGAGUGUAGUGAAUGUGGAAAGUCCUUUAGCCAAAGUGCUAGCCUCAUUCAACACCAGAGAGUUCACACUGGAGAAAGACCUUAUGAAUGUAGUGAAUGUGGGAAAUCCUUUAGCCAGAGCUCUAGCCUUAUUCAGCACCAGAGAGGUCACACUGGAGAAAGACCUUAUGAGUGCAGUGAAUGUAGGAAACCCUUUACCCACAAAUCUGACCUUAUUCAGCACCAAAGAGUUCACACUGGAGAAAGGCCUUAUGAAUGCAGUGAAUGUAGGAAAUCCUUUAGCCGCAAAUCUAACCUCAUUCGACAUCGGAAAGUUCACACUGAAGAAAGGCCUUAAAUGUGAAGGGAAGGUGCUAUUUCUUUAUUCAGUAUAAUAGCACUGGAGGAGAUUGGGAGCCAUCCUCCUAAAUUUAAACUUUGAGCAUCUAAAAUGGGGGAUUCUGUGUAAGCUUCAGGUAUGUGGGAAGCUUUGAGGAGGUUCAGUGUCACUCGUAAUCUGCACAGGUCCAUAGCCUGAUUUAUGUCACUGCCCAUUUCUUAGACUGAAGCCAUUUUACCUCUGUCACCUUGCAGGUGCACACCAUGUGCAUGAGUCACUUCCCCACAGUGCUCAAAGAAGCAAACCUCUGUAUUCUCCCAUUUGCUUGGGGAAAUUAUUAAUAGGUCAAGCAAGUAGGGGGUCCUCAUGUCCUUUCCCUGACUUUAGAGUAUAGACCUGUCCCAGUUUUGGUCCAGAGGAGUCAAUCUGAGUUGUGCUGUCAGCAUUCUAAGAAGGAUUACUUUUUUUAGGGACAUUGUUGGUCUCACAUGAUGGUUGUAAUGAAGUUUUCCAGCUUCUGAUUGACCAAUUUGGAAACUGCUUGGUGCACAUUGCUCUGAUUUAUAAUCUUUUGAUAAAGGCUGUAAAAAGGCCAGGCGCAGUGGCUUAGGCCUGUAAUCCCAGCACUUUGGGAGGCCGAGGCGGGCGGA